AUGCCCUCUGAGAAGCGCGUCAUUAUCGUCGGUGCAGGAGUGGCGGGUAUAGCGACGGCGAUUGCUCUCAAGACGCAGCUUGGGUUUGAGAACUUCACUAUAUUCGAGAAAGCGGAGAGGCCCGGUGGAACGUGGAGGGAUUCGACAUAUCCAGGCUGCGGCUCGGACAUCAGCGGUCACUGGUAUAGCCUCUCCACCGAGCUGAACCCCAACUGGAGCGCCUACUACGCGGGCCAGCCGGAGAUCCUCGCCUACUGGGACGCGCUGUUCGCGAAGCAUAGACUUGCCGAGCACACCGUGUUCCGCACGGCGGUGGCGAGUGCAGAAUGGGACAACGAGCGCCAGCUUUGGCGGGUCGAGACGGCUGACGAGACAGAGGAGACGCGUGGCACCGCCGAGGCAGAGGUCCUCUUCUACGCCAUCGGCGGGUUCAUGGCGCCCAUCUACCCGAAGGAGGCGGAGGGGCGCGCCGUCUUUCGUGGCGAGCAGUGGCACACUGCGCGCUGGCGGCACGAUGUCGAUCUCGCUGGCAAGCGCGUGGGCGUGAUUGGGAAUGGGUGCUCUGCCGCGCAGAUCGUACCCGAGCUGGCGAAGGACUCGUCGACGAGGAUCGUCAACUUCGUCCGCACGCCUCAGUGGUAUGUGCCGCAGGGCAACAAGCGUUACUCCCCGCUGGUGAAGUGGGCGUUCGCCCACAUCCCCGGCUUGUUAAGAGCGUACAGAAACAUGAUCAUGGCUCGAUCCGACCUUGUCCACCUCAUCUUCAAUCAGCAAAACAGAUUGCUUACCUGGAUUGCGAGAUGGGCCUUGACCAAGUAUAUCCGGGACACAGCGCCCAAAAAGUACGUGGACCGACUGGUUCCCAAUUACGCCGUCGGGUGCAAGCGCAUCAUCGUGGACCCCGGCUUCUUGAAGAGCUUGCAUCGCGAGAAUGUCGAGCUGCGCCAGGACGCCAUCGAUAGCAUUAUCGAGGAAGGCGUGAAGUUGAAGACGGGUGAGGUUGUGCCGCUCGAUGUAAUCAUAUACGCGACGGGCUAUUCGUUGGAUGCGCCGGACUUGCAGCACAUCAAGGGCUCUCGAGGGCAAGCACUACAUGAGUACUUCGUGGAGCAAGGCGGCGCGACGGCCUACCUCGGAUGCAGUAUGCCUGGAUUUCCCAACUUGUUUUACCUCUUGGGCCCCAACGUCGCCUCCGGGCACGCUUCCGUCAUCUUCAGCGAAGAAGUGCAGAUCCAGCUGGCACUGCAGGUGAUGAAGCCUGUGCUUGAGGGGGAAGCGAAGUCGUUUGAGAUCAAGGACGAAGUGGUGGACAGGUAUAAUGGAUGGCUUCAGUCCCGUUUGCGGCACUCGGUAUGGACCGACUGUAUGUCGUAUUAUCGGCAGGACCGGCGCGAGGGGAAGAUUGUCGCAACCUUCCCGGGGCCGGUCACACUCUUCUGGUGGCUGGCGCGUCGCCCGAAGUGGGACGAGUGGACGGGGGUCGGCGCAGAGGCCUGGGCCCAGCGCUUGGCGGCGGCGCGGCGUCGAAGACGCUUCGGCUCCUUCCUGUUGCUCGUCGCAGCCUUCCUUGCUGGGUGGGCGAAAAAGAGGGGGCUGAGGCUAAGAUAG